GGGGACAGGGGGCGGCCCGAGGGCCUGAUCCACGCGGCCGGCGUCGAGAGGCGGCGCGUCCGGCCGAGGAGGGGCUUCUCUGCGGCUGCAGUAGUUUGUUCACCGGGUCGUCUUUGGAGGGCCACGGAAGGUCCGGGCGCUGUGGCGGCGAAGUGGCGCCGGCUGGGUGGGAGGUGCCGUGAGGACGGCGGCGGCUUUAAGCCCCCUUGGAAACUCCGGCCCCUGUGGCCCUGGACGCGGCUGCGGGGAGCAGCGUCUCCUGGGAAGGGCUCUGGCCCUGUGGACCCCGGGGACUCAGGGGCCGCCAACGCGGGUGCAGAUGCCGGGCGCACUGGGAGGCGGCCAGAAUGCCAAUGAGCUUCAGCGGACACGCAGCUGUCACCGGCCGCAGAAGGCCCUGUCGCCACCUCCAGUGCCUGCACUCCAGUGGCCACACAACAUAGGAAAUCGUGCUUAGAACCCACUCUGUUGAUUGAGAAAUCAGGUCCCCUCGAGGGCCCUGUUGGCAGAGGUCUGGAGAAGUCAGGGCUGGCCGUGCGUAUGGAUGUCAGGCUAAUCCUCGGCAUCCUUGUUUCCGCAGGCUGGGGCUGGGACCGCUGAAACCCCGCCCCAAUUCUAUAGAUCCUUUGCUUAGGCUUUGUCAGUGUUCUCACAGUUUACUGUGGAGUCCCCUUCAGGUGACAUUGCUCAAGCCUCCUAGGUACUUGUUUACAGCAGAACUCCCAGAGGGUAGUCUUUUCCAUGUACCGGGACUGGUGGUUUUGGGGAGCAGUAUCAUUGAUGAGACUGGAGAAGGGGUGAGGGAUGGGACUGGUUUUUCAGGAAAGAUGAUGACAACUUUUUUCCUAGACAUGUUGAAUCCGAGGUGACAUCCGUAUUCUGGCGAAAGGAGGCUAGAAGGAAGCUGUUUUUGGAAGGAAGAAAGAUGGAAAGCGGUGCGGUUCUGCUGGAAUCCAAAUCCUCACCAUUUAACCUACUGCAUGAAAUGCAUGAGCUUCGUCUCCUGGGCCACCUGUGUGACGUGACAGUCAGCGUGGAGUAUCAGGGCGUCCGCAAAGACUUCAUGGCCCACAAGGCAGUGCUGGCUGCCACCAGCAAGUUUUUUAAGGAAGUGUUCCUUAAUGAGAAGAGCGUGGAUGGUACUAGGACUAAUGUCUACUUAAAUGAAGUGCAGGUUGCUGACUUUGCUUCAUUUCUUGAGUUUGUCUACACUGCAAAGGUACAGGUGGAAGAAGAUCGGGUGCAGCGAAUGUUGGAAACGGCUGAAAAGCUGAAAUGUUUGGACCUAUCAGAAACUUGUUUUCAGUUAAAGAAACAGAUGUUAGAGUCAGUACUUUUGGAGUUGCAAAAUUUCUCAGAGUCUCAGGAGGUCGAGGCGAGCAGUGGCUCCCAAAUUAGUGCUGCUCCUGUCCCCAGGGCAAGUGUGGCCACGGAUGGCCCUCACCCCAAUGGCCUCACUGAUUCCUUGGGCGGCCCAGGAGAGAGAGCCAGCAAUGGCAUGUCUCCAGAUUUGCCGAGGAAGUCCAAGGACAAAGUAGACAAGAAGAAAGAGAUAGUUAAGCCUCCCUACCCUAAAAUCAGGAGAGCUAGUGGAAGGCUGGCUGGAAGGAAGGUCUUUGUGGAGAUCCCUAAAAAGAAAUACACGAGAAGACUCCGAGAGCAGCAGAAAAGUGCUGAGAGUGAUGUGGGGGACUACAGGUAUCCCCAGGACCAAAGCCCAGACAGGGUGGGUGCAGAGAUGGAGCUGGUUAUCAAAAAUGAGGGUUGCCAGGGAGGUGCUAAGUUGGAGGAAGUAUCAAAGAAAGCAGGGGCAGAGGAGGAAGAAGAGGAGGAGGAGGAAGAGGAAGAGGGGGAGAAGAAAAAGAGCAACUUUAAAUGCAGUAUCUGCGAGAAGGCGUUUCUAUACGAGAAGAGCUUCCUGAAGCACAGCAAGCACCGCCACGGCGUGGCCACUGAGGUGGUGUACCGCUGCGACACCUGCAGCCAGACCUUCGCCAACCGCUGCAACCUGAAGAGCCACCAGCGCCACGUGCACAGCAGCGAGCGCCACUUCCCAUGCGAGCUGUGCGGGAAGAAGUUCAAGCGCAAGAAGGACGUGAAGCGGCACGUGCUGCAGGUGCACGAGGGCGGGGGCGAGCGGCACCGCUGCGGCCAGUGCGGCAAGGGCCUGAGCUCCAAGACAGCCCUGCGGUUGCACGAGCGCACACACACGGGCGACCGGCCCUACGGCUGCACCGAGUGUGGCGCCAGGUUCUCACAGCCGUCUGCACUCAAGACGCACAUGAGAAUUCAUACAGGGGAAAAACCUUUUGUCUGUGAUGAAUGUGGUGCAAGAUUCACUCAGAACCACAUGCUGAUUUAUCAUAAAAGGUGUCACACAGGUGAAAGGCCUUUUAUGUGUGAAACAUGUGGCAAGAGUUUUGCUUCUAAGGAGUACUUAAAACACCACAACAGAAUCCAUACUGGAUCCAAACCUUUUAAAUGUGAAGUAUGUUUCAGGACUUUUGCCCAGCGGAAUUCACUCUACCAGCAUAUUAAAGUCCACACAGGGGAGCGUCCCUACUGCUGUGACCAGUGCGGCAAGCAGUUCACCCAGCUCAACGCCCUCCAGCGCCACCGUCGCAUCCACACGGGGGAGAGGCCAUUCAUGUGCAACGCAUGUGGACGAACAUUCACCGACAAGUCCACGCUUCGGCGGCACACCUCAAUACACGAUAAGAAUACUCCAUGGAAGUCUUUCCUUGUCAUUGUAGAUGGCUCGCCCAAGAACGAUGACAGGCACAAGACUGAACAGCCUGACGAAGAGUAUGUGUCGUCCAAACUUUCAGAUAAAUUGCUGUCUUUUGCAGAAAAUGGCCAUUUCCACAACCUGGCUACAGUCCAAGGGACUGUACCUACCAUGCAGGACAGUUCUGCAGACACAGCCUGCAAGUCAGAUGCCACCGUGGUGCCCCAGGACGCCCUGCUGGCUGCCACCAUCAGUGAGCUUAGUGAGCUGACCCCACAGACAGACUCAGUGCCCACACAGCUUCACUCUUUGAGCAACAUGGAAUAAGAGCUUCAAGUUAAGUGCCAAGCAGUUCCCAUCCUGUUAGUCUGCCCAUGUGGUAGCUGAACUCAAGAUGAUGUGGGGCUAAGAAAAAUAAUUGUCCGUGUGCAAGGAUGUGGGAAGAAUGGCCUCUGCAGAUUUUCCUGAACUUCUGCUAACUUGCACGGCUUUAUCACAGCAUUUUUAAAGCUUUCCCUCAAAAAUCCUGAUCUGCAUGAUCUCAGCUACAUUUUACAAACAAGGCAGUGAACAUAACCUCACUUAAUUCUGGUGUAGGGUGUGUUAGUCGUUCUAAAGCUUCUCUUGUUUAGACAACUGCUUGUCUUAAUUGCAGAGUACAGAGCACUGAACCAGCUCCUGAUAUUGUCGUUAACAAGUCUUCCUGGCUUCUCACCCUGCCUUAUAUUUCCAUGUGGGUUUACUUCUCUCCUAACUACUUUUAAGGUAUUUUUCUUCCAAGCUGAAAUAAAACUGGGGCCACAUAUUUUCAGCCAUUUUUCCCUGUUGAAUGGAAGCAAAUCGGAUUUUCUGUGGGGACCCUUAGAUACAACUGAAGAAAUGGAUUGUUGCAUUCAUUCCUCCCCACCCCCCAUUUGUAGGCAGAAAAGAAGGUGUGACAGAUUGAACACCUGCACAACUGCUUAGUGUAAUCUCAGCACAUACACAGCUAGGGAGUUUGUCAUAAAAUCAACUUAGAAAUGAGAUGAGACCGUUCAGUUUCAGUCUUAAAAAAAAAAAUCAAGAUUAGGUAAAAGCUGUCCUACCAAAGAAUCUAGCAAAACAGUAUAGUAUUUUUCUGUAGAGACAUGAAAAAUUAAGACGUUUUAGAGCACUUGAAAGUUGUGUAGUCAUUUUAUUUGAAAAAUGAGGUGACUGUGGCAAAUUGUAGAACAGAGUAUCAAUAUUUUUGCCAGGUUUUUAUGACUUGAUUUCUGUUAUUUCCAGACUUCCUCAUUUCCACACCUAGAGGUGGAAGCAGGCAAGUAACUGACACGUCCGUUUCCUUGGGAGCAUGUGAGAACGUAGAAGGGACCAAAAGUCUCAGCACACUUACCUCCGAUUAUGCCUUAAAGAGUUGAUUGUGACGAACCAGUAACUUUGUCUCAAAUACUCCUUUGGCUGUUUUAUGCAGGACUUAAUUAUCGCUUUAAAAAAUUCACAAUGA